AUGUCCUUCCUCGGGUUCGGCCAGCCUCAACCAACGAGCGCGCAGAAAAUUGCCGCUGCCAAGCAGGAAUUGGAGAUGGUUACUGAUAUGUUCAACCGCUUGACACAAUCUUGUUACAAGAAAUGUAUCCCGCCUAGCUACCAGGAGUCAGAACUCAACAAGGGCGAGUCCGUUUGCCUAGACCGAUGUGUAUCUAAGUUCUUCGACGUAAACAACAAGGUCACCGAGAAGAUGCAGAGCCUGCAGGGCCAGGCAAUGGGCGGUGGACGUGCUGGCGGCUUCGGGGCAUAG